AUGUCAGAGUUAGAUAGCUGGUCGGACUCCGACUGGCUCGACAUUCCCAGUGGCAACGCCUCAGAAGACAACGACUCCAUCAGCUCGCGCGACACACACUCAAGGCCCCUCUCUCGCAGGUCUUCCUUCAGCCUAGGCAGUUCACGGGAAGGCGACAUCGAAGCAUGGGAAGGCUAUGCCUACGACAGCCAUGACGAGGCCGCCGCAAACCUGGCGUCGGGCAUGUACCCUUUGCCAAAUGCCACACUGGCCGGGAGCACUGACUUGCAAAGGGUUCCCUUAGACCUCAUCCCAAACAUCGAGACAGAGCUCGAUCGGGCAGAAGAUGAGCGAGUCAAGGAGGCCCUCGAGCAGAGUCUUAUCGGGACACUCAGCGCAUCCAGGUCGAGCACCACAGGCGCCGCGGGUUUAGCCACGAGCGGGACGACUCACUCCCAGUCCACGAACAGCGCCCCCAAUCUGCGCCUUUCCUUCCCCGACCCGUUGACCAGCUCCCGUAAUGAAUUGACGAGGUCUUAUGACGAUGUUUCGCCACCGCAAUCCCCCAAGGACGAUGGUCGCGAGCAGUUGCCAACGGAGUCGGUGUCUAAAGCAGGAGAAGACGCCGCUGCUGCUUCACCUGAUCAGUCACCGGACCCGACCCAACCCUCUGCCACAAUUACGGUCCGGGAGGAUGAGGCCCAAGAGGUUGUCCCACCUAAGGUUGACCUCGAGAUCCAUCUCUAUGGCUCCUCGACUGAGUAUAAAUGGGCCUUGGUCCAAGACCUGUUGCAGAAGGUGGCCGAUGGCUCAGGGCAAUUCCUCGGAAAGCCCCUCGACCCCGGUGCGGGCUUGGUGCAGACUGUCAGGCUGGAGAAUGACGACGAGGACUCCAAGGGGUUGAUCAAUGUCGUGAAGAUCUUUGAUCGUACGGAAGAUAAUAAGCCCCCCAUCGAUGCAUAUGACGAUGAUGCGCCAUCUCUUGGCAUCGUUUUCCUUCCCGCCCUUCGCUUGCCUCCAUUGGCCCUCCACGACUUUUAUCUGCCCGUUAUGGCUCGCAACGAGCUCCUCGACCUGACCUACGAAGGUAGCAUCCCCGCGAUGCGACAAGCGGCCGAGGAUGACUGGGAGCUGCUCUGCAUCCCCUCCUUCAAGGCCUUCCCCAUCAAGGAUGGCAAGUACAGUGUCGCCACUCAUGAUGGUAUCUGUGGGGCAGAUUCUGCUCAGGUUCGUGAGGCUAUGGAAGUACUCGUGACUGGUAUCCCCAAGAAGCCUGUCAAAUCAGAGCCCUCGACCCCGGUCAAUGCUGUAACCAUUUUCGCUCUUGUGUCGUUGAUAGUGGGCUUCGCUUGCAACACGUCUUUCCAUUCCAACUCGCCCAUCCCUACCAAGACUGUCAACUUGACGACUCCCAACAACACCUGGAUCGCCAUCAGCCCUGGACCCAACAGGUCGAAUAGUCACCCCCUUCACCACACCAAUGUGAAGACUUCAGCCGCAAUCACAUCCCUCAAGGACGUGGCGCUUUCGGUCUACAUUGCCGGCUCCACCUCCUUGUCUCUGACUUCCCAAAUCAAGUCCCUUGUCCCGACUUCAUCGCAAUCCCCUGCGAUCCUCCCCUGCAUCAAGUGCAGCACUGAGGCGGCAUUGGCGAAGCCUAUUACCCGGGAUGUAGUUGUUGCACCAUCUUCCUCUGUGGCCUUGGCAGAAUGUCCGAUGCCACCCUCGCCUUCUCCUUCGAAGGCUCUUGCAGUCUCCGAGGUCGACUCGAACGACGACUCGGAGGACGUCCAAGAAGAUGGGGAAGAGGAUAUUCUUCCCGAGCCGACAACCAAAGCCCUUGGAUUGAAGUUUGUCGACUCUCUUUCCGAAGCUUUGGGUGUCACCAAGGCAGCGGUCAUCAAGUCCGUGAACGAUGAAACCAAUGACCUCUUCGACAGCUUGGACGACCUCCUCUCCUCCAUCCGCACCCAGACAGACGAACUCAUCAAGAACUCCAAGGGCAAGGCUCGUGCAUUCGGCGAACAGGUUCAGAACAUGGGGGAGACUCUGCAGUAUAGGAACGACAGGGCCCGGUCUCGCGCUAAGGAGUUGAAGAAGAAGGGCGAAGAAUUUAUCUGGACGGCGAGCGAGCGUGUCAAGCAACGCACUGACAUCGCCAAGAAGAGAGCGUAUCGUAUUCGACGUUCGUUGGAGGAGUCAGAUGCUUGGAAAGUGUAUCAGGCGAGACGUAUGGAGUGGGAUGAUGGCUAUGAGGACGCCUGGAAGGACACUGGUACUUGGGGCAUUCAUUCCAGCCGCGGAUGUGCAAAGGUCCACUCUGGUCGUGCUGGACGCCUCAGGUCUUUCUCUUGUGAUUGAUUAUCUCUAUCGUUUUGCCUACCGUUUUCGGCUCAUUCUCUCUCUCAUUUUACUCUGGACUUAUUGCUUUGAUAAUGCUUUCUCGUCAUGACUAUAUCUUGUAACUAUCAAACCCAAUAACAUGUGUACUUCUCGCC